AUGGGGAAGGGGCUUAAGGAACCAGAAGGUGAGGGCGUUGGUCACAAAGUUCUUCAGCUCAUAAGAGUAGAAGUGAUCCAGGCACAGCCGGGAGUCAAGGUACUUCAAGGACAGAUCAACCAGGAGACGGGAGGCCUUAGAGAAAAUCACAGAGUCAUCAUGUCUCAGGCUACAAAGCAUCAGUGCCACACACUUGAGGAAGAUCUUCAGGCCCAAAAUGAGGCCCAGGGCUCAGUGAAUGCACAGGUUCCAGCAGCUGAGGAAUCCUUUACCCCUUUCACAUUUUCCUUCCACUCUUCCUUUUCCAGUUCUUUCUCUUCCUCAUCCCCUUCUGCCUUAGAGGCCUUCGUUCCCUCUUCCCCCUGCUCUUCAUCUUCUUCUUUUCACUUCUCCUACCCCUCCACUUCACCCUCCUCAUCUCCUCUGAACCUGAGCAUCCAGGAUAAGGAAGAGUCCUUAGGUGAUAUGAUACUGAGUACUCCUCAGAGUCCUCAGAGAUCAACUUCAUUGAGCACUUCAGCAAGCACCAAGUCCUCACUCAGAGAUCCACUAGAGAAGAAGGUGACUGAUCUGGUGCAUCUUCUGCUUGUCAAGUAUCAAAUGAGACAGCCCAUCACAAAGGCAGAAAUGUUGGAUGUUAUCAUCACAAGGUCCAAGAAACAAUUCACUGUAAUCUUCAAUAAAGCCUAUGAGUUCCUGGAGAUGGUCUUUGGCAUUAACAUGAAGGAAGUCGACCCCACCAUCCAUUCCUAUGUCCUUGUCAGCUCACUGGAUCUCACGUAUGAUAAGGUAGUGAAUAGUGGUCAAAGCAUCCCCAAAAAUGGCCUCCUGAUAAUUAUACUGGGUGUGAUCUUCCUGGAGGGUAACAGCAUCCCUGAGGAAGAUAUCUGGGAAAUGCUGAAUAUUAUGGGGGUCUAUGCUGGGAGGGAACAUGUCAUAUAUGGGGAGCCCAGGCAGGUAAUCACCAAAGAUUGGGUGCAGGAAAAAUACCUGGAGUACCGGCAGGUGCCCAAUAGCGAUCCUACCCACUAUGAAUUCCUGUGGGGUCCAAGAUCCCAUGUAGAAAUUAGCAAGAUCAAAGUCCUAGAAUUUUUGGCAAAGCUUAAUGGAGUCAACCCCAGUUCGUUCUCACCCCGGUAUGAAGAGGCUUUGAGAGAUAAGGAAGAGAGAGCUCAUGCCAGCAUUGACCUCACAGGUAGUAGUACUGAUAUGCUCAUUGCUCAAUGUUGGCCAACAGCCACCCUUGCCCCCAAGGAAGAUUAA